AAGGUUUCUCGCCAAAUUCCCGCGCAUCGCUCAACGGUUCGCGCGGAACUAGUACCUCAGUGACGUCUAUCCAUGCUCGCUAACUUUAUGGAAACUCUUUAGCUGCAUGACAAUACCCGGUAGUCCGACCCACAAGCACACUAGGUAGCAUGAAACAUGGCAAUGCGAUCGCGAGCAAUGAUUUAUGUUUUGCAAGCGGCUGUAUUCCAUCACUCCAUAUAAUGCGCCUCGCCCUGCCCUCGAACGUCUCUUUCUAACCCGCCUCAAGUCGAAGUCGAUCUGUACAACACUCGAAAUCUUAUUCCCCGCCAUGUCCAACUUCUUCAAGUCCAAGAAAGGAAAGGAACCAUGUGUGGAAAUGACAACGAUCACUCCUCCCCAACACCAACCCGAUCCCCCCUCACACGCAGCAAAAGAUGUGUCUCCGGCCAAUUCAUUGGCCAAGGAAUAUAAAGGAUUACAGGCCAAAAUCGCCUUCAUAGGGAAACCCAGGGCAGUGUCUCUUGACUCUUCCCGAGCAAGAGCAACACGCACUUUCUUGUUCCCAUCAUCCAAAUCGACAGACCCGCCCUCACCUCAGACGCCUACAUCUGCCGCGAGUCCACCUGCGAGAGAACGUGCCAGCAGCGACCUCUCCAACAACCGGGUCCUGCAACACUCGCAACGACAAAGCUCACCUGUACGAGGCCGCCAGCAGGCCCAGCACGAGCAAAUCCGCGGCAGGCGCCCUGUUACCCCACCGAGUGCAAACCAGAAUGCCAGACAUCUGCAUAGCUUGAGCAAGCAGCCGUCCAUGGUCUUCAAGAAAAGUGCCCUCUCACAUGUCUCGGUAGCUGAGGAACCAGAAUACGACGAAAACGUCGCAUCGUCAUCGUCCAGUUACCAGAGUUCGAUGCACUCUGCAUCAUCAUCCAUAGCCAGCUCACGCACAGCCUGGUCGAUAAUAGACAGUAACCCCCACGGUCUCGAACCGCACCAGAUCUCCGUCUCGCUCUCGAAAAACAGCAGGACGCGACACCUAGCCGAACGCCGCGCCUCAUCCAUGCCGCCAGCGCCCCAGAAAGCAGCAUUAUCACCAUCGCCACCACCAACGCGGACCCAGACUCCCCCGCGCCUACAAACCGCAACGCACUCCAAUUCACCGCUCGAGCCUGAUUCGCCAACACUACCCUCGACGCUGUUCCUGCCCCGUUCAAACACCACAGACUCGCUUGAGGAGUCGCCCAGCCCGUCUCCGCCGCACUCACACAUCACUCCUCCGGCCGCGGCUCGACUCACCGAACCAUCCCGCCCGGCCCUCUCGCUGUUCAGCCACAAGACUCACGCACCUGACCGCGAGAAGACGCACUCGCCGUAUAUGAGAUCGUCGUCGCAGCCUCCCACGAAGAAACACGAUUCUGUCAUUCAGUUCGAGACGGUGCAACCGAAGCUCCGCUCGCAAAGGUCGAUUUCGACGUUUUUCUCUAGGAGGACUGUUGUUGAUUCGGCGGUUUAGGGGAUUGGGAAGGAUUAUGGCGUUGGUAUUGGAUUGGGUAGGGGUAAUAGCUAUGUAUUAUGAAAGUCUGGUUCACGGUCUUAGCAACGUGCUGGACUGUGCGGUAUUGUUUUGUUUUAUCGAAAAACUGCUGGGUAUCUGUGUAAAUAUCAAGAUAUAC